AUAUUAGCACCUGGUGGUCUCCAGUAAUACUGGUUUGCUCAAAUAGUCCAGAAGAAAAUUUAAGUGAACCAGAAACUCUGCAAGAAAAACCAAAGUACAAUGGAGGAAAAUAUAUGGGAAGAAGUAACAGAACGGGAUCAUCUUCUUCAAUUUGAUACAGAUGAGUUUGUCAUUAUUGAUAAUACCAGUUCGAGCGAGGCUUCGAUUUUUCCUCCUGACAAUCACCAAGACUUGCCACUCACUACUCCAGACUACUCAGAGUCAGAGGAGGACAUCAGUCAUAAAAUUCAUCAAGUGCCACAGGGAGGAGGUGAUGAUGGGCGGUGGAAGGAGUGCUUGAAAAUCAUCAACUCUGGAAUUUUUCGGGUUGCUUAUAAGUUCCGAUUUCUUGCGGUUUAUGUGGCAAAAUUGUGGCCGCUUGCUGCUGCUGGACUUGUGGUGAUUGUUUUGUAUCGGAAGAUGAAGAAGUGGGGGAGGAGGCCGGAGAAAUAUGAGGACCACUGGAGGCUUCUGAGCAGAGAGAAAGAUCAGAAAAUAAACCAUCUCUUGCUUCAGAUCGCCAAAAUGAAUGAAAUUUUGUCAGCAAGCCAAAGAGUUCCGGUACAUCGAGUUGUUUAAGAGUGAUCAUAGGUUCAUGUCGGCUGUGGAUUCCAGUAAAAGAAGGCUGAUCAUACCAAAAAAACCAGUCUAGAGCUUCAUGUUGUUCCAUUGCCCCUGAUUCAAAUUAUGGUAUUUAGGUCUCUUGUUUAGAUUGACAGUGGCUCCAUUAUAUAUAUACGGACAGCCUAGCUUUGAUAUUAUACAUGUGAUUUCCUUUUCACUCUA